AUGAUUGUGGAAAUUGAAACCAAAUAUACAACCUGUGGAAAAUUAAUUGGAAUUGAAUCCAGUAAAGGGAUAUUAGAUGCGUGGACGAGAGAAGAAUCUUCGCCCAAUUUCGAUUACGCUUUCAUAGAGGAUUUAGAUUUCGGAAAGUUUUCUACCCUCAUAUGUCUGGAGAGUGGAGACUGUUUAGGGUCUACUAAUGGUUCAAGGAAUUGUGGAUUUAAAGAAUUGCGGUAUUGUUGGGUUGAUAAUGAAAUGCAGGUCGCACUAAAAAUUAUGACAUUAAUUUAUUAUUUAUUACCAGUUACCUUUGUUGUCAUUCCUUAUACGACUAUCAAAAAUAUGAAAGAAUGGGAAUAAAAAUAAAUUAUAAUUGAUGCUGAUCAAGUAACACAAAAUAAUUGUAUAUCGUACUUUAACAUUUUAAAGCAUCAAUGAGAAAAUUUUGAUAUUUCGAAAU